CAGGGAAACUACCGUGACAGUUUCACCUGUCUUUUAUUGAACUUAAACAAGUGUCGUCAUGUCAGUUCCCAAUAACCUUCUUACAGUUCGACGAUUCUCCGCCCAGAAUUGUACAGAAACCCCGCCCACCCAUUCUCUAUCCUCUUGCUCUGCAAGCACCUCAACCAACCACUCCAACAGGUAAAGGUGGGCUCAGUGUGCUGCCUGGAGCCACACAGGUGAACCGUUGUUUCCGGGAGCACAGCUGUCAUGGCUGAGUCUCAGCUAGUAUGCAUGGACGACGAUCAUGUUAACGUGAAGAUACCGGAGUCCAAACCGGAGUUUUAUUACAGCGAGGAGCAGCGGGCCGCGCUCGAGCAGCUCUUGAAGAAUGGGGAUGGCGCGUUUAAGAUGCGUCUCAAAGAGGAUAACAUUAAAGACUUUCUCUCCGCCAGGGAAAUCAAAUGGUUGCGGGACACGUUCCAGGAAUAUGACAGUGACUCGGACACCUGCUGCUCACGGUCGCCCCAUGAUACCAGUGAAGACUCAGGUGUUCACUCAACCUACUGGCCGACCAUGUCUGAUAUGGAGAUCCCUCCGCUGGAUAUCGGUUGGCCUAGCAACGGCCAUUACAAAGGGGUAACUCGGGUGUCUGUUUACACCCACCCACCCAAAUCUAACAGUCCGCACAUUAAGGAGGUGGUCCGCAGACUCAUUCAAGAAUCUACAAAGUUAGUUGCUGUGGUCAUGGACCUGCUGACAGACCUGCAGAUCCUGCAGGAUCUCUUAGAUGCUGCGAAUAAGAGAGGGGUGGCUGUGUACUUGCUGCUGGAGGAGAACGGCUUGCCGCACUUCCUGGACAUGAGCAGCAGGCUGCAGAUUUCUACGCAGCAUCUAAGGAACCUGCGGGUGCGCACUGUGCGCGGCUCUGGCAUGCCGCUGGCCUUUGGUCGUCUGCCAGGAUCACAGUGCUCAAAAUAUAUGUUGGUAGAUGGAGAGAAAGUAAUGUUUGGAUCCUAUAGCUUUACAUGGAGUUCCUCUAGGAUGAACCGGAACACAAUCACUGUGAUGUCAGGACAAGUUGUUGACUUCUUCGACAAUGACUUCCGAGAGCUGUAUGCAGUGUCUGAUAAAGUGGACCUGUACCGUGAGUUUCACAUCAGCAAGCCGGCCCUGCCAGUUCCUGUGCUGAAAACUCCAGCAGAACCCAGCAAACUCACAGUUCCCGUAUCCACGUCACGCUUCCAGAUCUCUGUAGAGGACAACAAACAAGCGAACCUAAAGGUGCCUGCACAUAAAUACCACAACCCUAAGUACUCUUUAGUCGUUGGCAACAGUCUAGGUGUAACAGGCUCUCUGCAGGAUCUUUCUAAACUGAGGGACUAUGUUGACCAGGCCUCUGUGAGUAAAAUAGAAAAAUUAAGCUACCCCAAUGGGGACAGUGUAUGUUUACAGUCCCCUACAUCCCCGGAUGGGACAGAGGACGGUAAGGGCGAUGGGAAGAAGCCCUCUCUGUUUGGUUCUAAAAAGCAGCGCUCUUCCUUCCGGCAUUUUUUGAAAGGCAGAGCAAACAACCAGAGUCCAGAUACUCUCUCUAAAACGACCCAUCAAAACACAGAUACGAAACAGAUCAAUCAUAAAGACACCAAGCUUUCCAACAGUUCCAAGGAAGCAUCUUGGUUGGCCAAUCAUAUAAAGGAGCAAGAUGAUUCAUCCAAAAACAUUUCUCCUGUUACUUGCAAGAUCUCAGAGACUGAAAGCACUGAUGAAAUUGAGGACACCUUUGAGAUCAUAAAUCCACCACAAGUGAAGUUUAAGCUGAAAAAGAGCAAAAUGGGUCCAAGGAGUGUUUCUCUUCAGACGAUUGCCACAGAUGGCGAGGAUGGUCUGCGGGGGCGGAGGCGUAGCCAGAAGAAGGCUUGUAUUCAGUCCUGAGGUAUCCCUGUGAGAGAAAUCAACAAGAACUUAAAGUAAAGUAAUGUACUUAAAGAUCAGGACCUUGAUUACUGCUGUAUAGGCUGUAAAAAAUAGUACAUCUUCUUCAUUAUGAUGAUUUUGGACAUCAAUGAAGAUGUGGAUAGUGAUUCUUCCUACAAUUACAGUAUAUUGCUUCAGAUGUUAGCUUAAACUUUAAUUAUUGGUGCUGUAUUUUCAGAGGUUUGAGAAAAAAUGCUGCUGACACUGCAGGAAAAAAAUGACUGAAAUAUAUUGCGCAGCCUGGGAUCAUGUGAUCUCCUUCCGGUUACAGAGCUCUUAGUUGGACUACGGAGAGCUUUGAAUUUAAGUGUCUAAAAAUGUAGAAUGUUACAAUUUUCCUGUUUGGCAAAUCUCUGUCCUACAUAUUAUCCCUGACCCAAAACGGUCUACUUGCCCGAUCCUGUGGCUCCCUCAGAGUCAUAGAGGAAGGAGGUUAAGCUGACAGAAAACAUGCCUGAUCAGUUACCAUUAAAGGUGUGGUGACAUUUACAGUUGCUCAGAGAACUUCCACAGGCAAAAUCCAGUCAUUUAAAUAGGAAUCUGUAUGUUUGGGAGUUUUGCAUGAGGGAGAAAAACUAAUGUGAACGUGUUAUGUGUGAAAGUAUGCCGCUUGGACGGAGUAGAUGGGACGCAACUGAUUUUUCCAUCAUGAGUGCCAAUAAAUGGUCUCACUGUAAAUAAAUUGACUCUUUGUAUUUCUUUUUCAUUUAACUUCAAAAGAUGCAAUAUCGCACUGUGGAAAACUCCAUGAAAGAAAACACAAUAAGCCUAAUUUUCCAAAUGUGAGUUUUAAUUGAGAUCAGAUUUAAUUGAGAAGAGGCUAACGGGUACUUCAGCACAAAUUAUGAG